AUGGCCGUUAAGAUGAUUAUUUUCGCCGCCUGCGUGGCCACUACACUUGCCCAAUACGCCGCCCCGGCCUACAAACCAGCUUACUCCGCGCCCGCUUACGCCGCACCAAAGGCUUACGCUCCGGAACCCGCUUACGCUCCAGCCCCGUACAGCUUCGAGUAUGCCGUAAACGACCCACACACCUACGACAUCCACAGCCAACAAGAAUCCAGUGACGGAUACGGCAACGUCAAGGGAUCCUACAGCCUCGUCGAAGCCGACGGUUCCACCCGUAUCGUUGAAUACACCGCUGACUCUUACGGUUUCAACGCUGACGUUAAGAAAAUCGAAGGAUCAGGAUACAAGGCACCAAAUCGUAUCGUUUUAAUUGAUAUAUUCUGGUUACCUCAAUUUGAAUACACUCUCAAUUGA